AUGGCACCAAUUCCAUUGGCUUGUAAAUCAGGAACUGAACAGACUAUUCAGCUUCAGAUCAAUGUGCUUUUGAAGACUUCUAUUCAGACCUUACAUGACCGAGCGACACACAAUGUGGCUCCUGCGGCGAUUGAUAAAACUGGAAAUGAAGAUGAAAAGAUUGGUGGUAUUCCAGUGAACCCUCCUGAAUAUGAAGACAUUGCCUUUUGUGUCAAUUCAAAGGGAUUGCUUGAUCUAGGCUACAAAGGAGGUCCAUUCACUUGGUGGAAUGAAAGACCUAAUGUUGAAUGUAUCUUUAAGAGCCUGGAUAGGAUAUUGGUAAAUCUUCCUUUCCAGAAUCUUUUUCCUACUAUUGAGAUUGAGUAUUUGAUAAGAAUAGGAUUUGAUCAUGCCCAUUUGUUCAUGAGUUGUAGAGAACAAGCUGAAAACGAUCACAAGUUGAAGAAUUUGAAGGCUGUAUUAUCCAAAUGGAGUAAAGUCACUUCCGGUGACAUUUUCAAGCAGUUGGCAAUCUUGGAGGGCAAUGUAAAGGUGAAGGAGAUGUUGUUUGAGGUAGAACCAACAAGAGCUAAUAGAAUAGUUCUUCAUCAGGCCCAGGCAGAAUUGAAGAAGUAUUUGAGUAUUGAGGAUCAAUAUUGGAAGCAAAAAGCUAGGAUGACUUUGUUUGCUGAGGGUGGUAGAAAUACUAGAUUCUUUCACAAUCAUUUGAAUGGAAAAGGGAAGAAGCUACAACUGAAGAGGAUUUAA